AUGGAUAAGACCGCCAGCAUCGCCGACGUUGAUGAGGAGGCUCUUUGCUGCCCGAGAUGCCUUCAGCUCCUCGUACCUCCAGUUUUACAGUGUGCUGCUGGACACCUGAUCUGCUCCUCCUGCCACGACAACCUCCAGGACAAGAACAAGUGCGUAUCCUGCUUCGUCCCCGCGAGCUUCAUCCCCACGAGCUACAGCCGCUGCCACGCAGUCGAGGGUAUACUUCGAUCCGUCCGUGUCGCCUGCCCCAACACCAUCCACGGAAGAUGCACUGCGGGGAAGAUGCUCUGCCACGAGAAGGUGGAGCACGAGAAGACAUGCCCCAGUACCGCCGCCCCCGGCCGCCUCCCAAGCUCGGUUGUGAAGAUGGGUCCUUGCGGUGGCGUUGAUGGCAAUGUCAGGGAAAUGGACGUGCGUGGCGUCAACCGUAUUGUUAAGGUAGUUGUCUGGUACAGCAGCACGUUCGACGCCAUGAAAGUGUACUAUGAGCGGGAUGGCCGCGAAGAGAAGACCGACCGAUGGGGUGUUCCUGCGACUGAAAGUAAUGCUGCGAUAGGUGGGCCCUCACAGAUAUGUCUAGAGCAGGACGAGUACCUCACCGGCGUGAAAGGGCACAUCGAGUAUUGCGGUGGCAGCUUGUGUGUGAUCUCUCUCACGUUCGUCACUAACCUGCACACAUUCGGGCCAUACGGGGUGGAGGAUGGCGUGCCGUUCGAGCUCCCGGCAGCAGCUGGUGGCAGAAUCAUCGGUUUCCACGGACGCUCCGAUUCGUAUGUGGAUGCGAUUGGAACCUAUGUCAAGAUGGACCUCUAA